AUGGGCAGACAUGACCGCUUUUGGGCCACUUUAGUGUAUGUUCCCGCCAUGGGAUCAACCUUGCAUGAAUGGAAUACUGCAUGCCACACAAGAAUGCUGAAGCUGCCGAGUCAAGAACAACGUUUACAAACAGGCUACAUUGACCUAAAACAGCCCUCGGUCCCAUUUUCACACCUUGUUCGUCUCUAUGACCAGUCGUCCCAACGCAAGCCGUUCGAAAACAACACCCCAUUUCGCUCGAAAGUCGGGCCUUCUGCGUCUUCCAGAAAUCCCGAUGCGCAGUACGAGUUACUCACACGCGGUAGGGCCUUUUCAUAA